CAAGUGUGAUGGAAAAUACCUUAGAAAAAUACGGGCUUUUAAAUAAUUAUAGGUCCGUACCCCUGGACUUGCGCGCGCUUCCCCGGCUGUUGAGGGAGAGAAACGUUCAACCACCUGUGAAUUUUAGGACAACACUUCUUUGAACACAAUGGCUGGUCACUCAGUUCCUGUGGACUUCAGAGUCAACCCCGCAAAGAUAGCAAAUCCAGUGGAACGGAAGACUCUGCUCCAAGACUUGCUUCCCCUCCUUGAGCCCUUCACCGCCACGCUUACCGAGGUAUCAGUGUGUGAGGUGCCGGGCGGGAACCACGUGGCCCUCUACUCCUCCGACACCAUGACCGUCUCCAUCAAGCUGUACAGUAACGGUCUUGUCUCCGCCACGGUGGAGUACUACACGGACAAGGUCAACGAACACAAGAUACUCAAUGAUGACGGGAGGCGCCUGGAGAAGCAGCUGCAGGAGAAGUUUGGCUGCAGUGUUGCCAAGGUGCUGCCGGCCGUCAAGCGCGCCCCCGCCAUCAACCCGUACUUCACCUCUUCAGAUGACAGGAUUUUGGAGUAUGACGUGGACAAGAUAGUGUUUGAGGAGCGGACAGAGUUCCAGAAGGUGCAGAUCUACCACACCAAGACCUUUGGCAACCUAUUGGUCCUCGACGAUCUCCAGAAUCUUGCCGAGAGUGACCUGUCGUACACCCACGGGCUGAUGAGGAAGGGCGUGGAGUCCUACGAGGGGAAGGAGGUCCUCAUCCUGGGCGGCGGUGACGGUGCGCUGCUCUGGGAACUCCUCAAGGAAAACCCAAAGUUCGUCACCAUGAUUGAUAUUGACGAUGCAGUGAUGAGGUCGUGUCGCAAGCACUUGAGGUCAGCGUGCGGUGACUGUCUGGACAACUACGAUGGCCCCAACUAUAAGGUCAUUGUGGGUGACGCCAUCGCCCACAUGCAGGACUACAUCAAGGAGGGACGCCAGUUCGACUAUGUGUUUGGGGACCUGACGGACGUGCCCAUCUCCCAGACACCCCGCGGAGAGCACUGGGACUUCAUGCGCACCGUCAUGGGCUCUGGCACCAAGCUGAUCAAGCCGUCCACUGGGAAAUACAUGACUCACGCUAUUGGGAUUCAGUGCGAGGGAGCGCUGAAGAUGUUUGAGGAGCAGAUGGGCAAGUUGGAGCCCCCCGUCACCUUCACCCAAACCAGCGACUACGUACCAAGCUUCAUGGAAAAGUGGUGCUUCUAUCAGCUCACCCGCCAGCCCUCCUGAGCCACACACACACACAUGCACACACACUCGCACACACACACACAUAGACCCAUAUUCAUAAUCCACUCACGACACACACAUGUUUGGUAAGGCUUUCAUUGAAGUUGUGUGGGUAUUUCCAUGGGUAGUGUUUUUAACCCAGUGAUAGUUUGACAAGGCUUCUGCAUCAUGAAUGUGAAAAAUGCUCAUGUGAACCCAACUGAUCUCCUUUGUGGUCUUUGGAUAUGUUUGUUGUGUGAGCUGAAAGUGUGAGAAUGCAAGCCAUAGACACCCCCACACAAACACACAUGAAAGGGAUUAUAAAAGGUAAACAGAGAGUGGUUUCUCUCUGUAGACAAAAGAAGAACAAGAUGCCAUGAUUACAAGUUAGAGAAGAACAGAUAUGGUUACAAUUUUAACAGUUUUAGGUGUUUUUAAUGAGUUAGAUGAGGAGGUGCUGGCAAGAAACAUCCAUUCAAACGAAGCUAGAUAGAAAUAGAGGAGAGAACACAGAAAUAACCGACUACACCCUAACACACACACACACACACACACACACACACACACACACACACACACACUCAACUGUUUUGUUACACUUGUUAUCAGAGAAUUCAAAUGUUACGCAAGUCUGCCAGUAUAGACGUAAGGUUUCAUGAAGCAUUAAACUAUUUGUUGGUA